AUCUAAAUUUGACUUCAAAUGUACAAAAAACCCUUAUCUUUCUGUGGAUAUAUUUAAUCAUUAUGGCGACGUGGAUAUACAAAUAUUUUCUGUCCCUUGGCACGAGCUCACUGUGUAAUGGCGAUGAAGACGGUUCUUUUUCUGGUGCUGGUGGCUCGGUCCGCGUUCAGCUUCCUACCGACACAGGAAAGUACUAAACACGGAGACUUCAGCCAUCAGAGUAUCACUGAACGCGCCCUCUAUGAAUCUGCGGCGACCUUUAUUUGGAAAUAUAUUGAUGCUGGUACAGGUUCCACCAAGCAGACCUCCAGAAGUGCCGUCAACGCUACCAUCGAAUUCUUUAGAGGAGAUAGAUCAUCCGAGGCUGUGUUUGGGAGGGUUGUGGAAACCAUAGUAUGGGGAAACAACAAGGCUCAGGAGAUGUAUGCUAACAUACCCAUGAGAACAAUGAACGCGGAACUCAUUUUUGCAGGUAACCUCCUCCUGCAGUCCAUGAGAGAACAAAUUAUUGUCCUUUCCCAGUCCCCCACACCAGACUGGAACAACAUCCGGAAGUUGAUAGGGGAGUACCUGUUUACUCUACAGAUGUUCUACUCCAACACGAACUGGGUGGAGACACAUGGAAAUCUAACAUGUUCCGAACUCGGGAUUCGAGGGCGAACUCUGAUGCCAACAGCGCCCCCUAACGUGGCGACAUGUGCGGGUUGUCCCUAUUCACAUCCACAAAUCGACAAGCACUCUUGUCAAAACAACAUACUGGUAAAUGGCCAAUACCUUACGAGUGGCUAUCUCAGCACUCAAGGCAUUCCAAAACCUACCGGAAAUAAUACAGCAGGAAUGGGAAAGUGUAGCCAUGGAGGGAAGAACGACGCCUUCUCGGCAGUAAACCCGAUUGGUGGAAUCAACAAGGAGACGUCAGACUCCAACCUGUCCCCCCACUUUUACCUCCAUCACACCGCAGGGGAGGCUGCUGUAGACGCAACGAUGAAGUUCUUUGUCGGGGAAGUCACUGGUCUUCUUGAUCAAAUUGGACCCAGAUUAUUUGGAGAACUGAUUGGACUACCAGUGGCUUGUAAAGACUGUUUGAAACCCGGAUUGUCCCUUGCAUACGUCAUCGAUACGUCACUAUCAAUGUCGACUGACUUUGAGGAAAUAAAGACCAAAGUAACAGAGACAAUCCAGUCAGCUCUCCUAGAAAAUAAGACAACACCUUCAGACUUCAUCUUGUCCACAUUUAGUGAUCCGGUGUCUUUAAACACCAUAAGGAACACUACAGACGGAUAUGAAAUGAUUAGUUGGAUAAGGAAUCUAAAGCAAGAAGGGGGAGGAGACUGUCCUGAAUAUUCCUUCGGUGGCUUAUUGGAAGCUUUAAAAAUAAUCAAGCCAGGUUCUUGCUUGUUUUUCUACUCUGAUGCUGAUCCGAAAGAUUCUCAGUUGGAACGUGUCAUUUUACAGAUAGCGUCCCAGAAGGAUAUACACAUUGCGUUCCUUGUCAAGGGCACCUGCAAUUCAGGCAUUCCAUUUUAUGAUCGUCUUGAGAAUGCCACAAAGGCAACAUGCCUAAAGCAGAGUCUGGAUAAAGGAAGAAGAAAAAGAGAUGCAAAUGAACUGGUUAUUCAUCAGCCGUGGAAGAAAUUGAGUUCGUUUCAAAAUCCUGGACAGCAGAGAGAUCCAGAUUCAUCCCUUCUCUCAACGUUACUUCCGGCUAGCGCUGGUGUGAUUGGUCUAGUUUUGGUUUUAGCUGUCCUCUUACGAAAACGUCAAAUUUCUAGUGAAGAGAAGCAAACAUGGACAGAACUCAAUGACAGACAUCAUCGAGUCUCGCAAACUUAA